AUGUACAGAUCCUACCAGCCUCUUUUUCCUGCAACCAGCAGGUACCUGCAAGAGAAAUGGGACAAGACCAAUUAUCAGGAACACCGCAGAAAGGUAGAGCUGGCUGUCCCUGUUGUCGAUACCACAGCUCUCCCGGUGCCUCUGCAUCUACAGGUGAACCUGAAGAAAAUGCAGCUGGAGAAAGAACGCCACACUGCCCGAGGCCGAGACAAUCUCCGUAACCAUGCCAGGCUGCGGGGUAUCAAGCAGUCCCAGGGAAGAGUGGACAACUGGAACUUCUAUUGCAGGCACAGUUUGAACUGGGAGAAGCGUCAGCGAGACCUCGAGCAAAUCUAUUGGGAAAAUCGGCAGCUGAUGAAGCGUCUGGCGGAGAAGAAGUCAGAACUGGCUCAGGGGCGCUGGCAGCAAGACUGGCACCGGGAGCAGCUGAUCCGCAACAGCCUUGCCCGGUAUCCCCGUGGCACAAGGAGCUGCCAGGUAAGAAAAAAGUCCUGGAUUGGGACUGGCAGGAGUGGAACAACGGAGGCAGAGAGCUGGGGGCAACAGCGGUCCUGCUUCGACACAUGGAAGGAGUCCCAGCUGCUCUCCCAACAGAGCUCGCUUCCCAUGCAGCGGAACAAGGACCGGUCUGGUGGGCGAGAGAUUCUGGGGAAGCAGAAAUGA